CCAUAUUCAAGCUUGACAUCACAUCCAUAGAUAAAGCUCGUUGCAGCUCUUAAUUUCGCUCGUCACGACCGAUUGCACGACCCAAUUCAAAAUGGCCGAUUCCACUGUAGCCCGUCCUCCUCCCAGCGCCAUUUCCCGGCCGCUCAGCGAGUCUCUUCUCAAUGAGAAGUGGGAUCGCUGCCUCUCCAACCUCCUUGUCAAGUCCUCCCUCGGUCUCGGUUUCGGUGUCGUCUUCUCCGUCCUUCUGUUCAAGCGAAGAGCAUGGCCCGCAUUCGUUGGUGUCGGCUUUGGUGCUGGCCGUGCCUAUGAGGAGUGCAACUUCAGCCUGAAGCAGGCUGCGCGAGAACUCAAGAAGCAGUCCGCAUAAGGUGUUGCAGUGGUGGGCGCCAAUGAAGAGAAACGAGUCGUUUAUUUUGUACCAGCAACGAACACACCAGAAAAUGGCGAUGUAUUAAGGGAUGACACAGGAAACUUUGCCGCGGGCUUCACGAAGGGCCAAUGUCAGAGUAGGAUGGGUUUUUCAGAUUCAAUAGAGGUAUCAUGUACAACAACCUGCCAUUCCUGACCUUUCACCAGUCUUCGACCCCGUUGUCCCUAUACCUAGUCUACAGUAAGGGACUGCCCUACUGUUGCGCCUCCUCAUAUGUCGCUGCGUUCAUCGUUGGUUGAAUCUGCCUUCUCUGUGCCCCCAUAUUGUCCUCAUCCCUUCCUGUUGCGGACAGCGGGGAGUCCAGGUACUCAUAGCAGCUCUCACAGUCUAUGACUAAUUCUGAGCUAUUCGUGGAGAAACUCAGUAACUGGUCAAUGCUAAAUCUUCGCGCUUCAUUUGUGUUGGUGUUUUCCAGCCGGCUCCUCGAGGGGAUUGUAAGCAAAGAUAGGUUGCGUUUUAGGUUAAUCAGCUCCAAGCGGAGCUCUUCAGCCAAAGACUGGCUUCGCCUUCGGACACUCUUGAUGAACGAAGCCUCAUGGUCAUGAUAUGUUCCAUCUCCUUGACCUGGCUGGUGCAACGUAUUCCAGUGCGUCUCACGCUGUCCGUUCUUAGCAUCUCGGGUCCCUCGAGGUGUUCUGUAGCUGGCGCCGAUUACGAUGAAGACAGCGAGGAGCAAGACGAGUACGAAGACCACAAUGGCGAUGAGUAUGAUUUCCAACCUAUCCGAGUCGACAGAUCGCUUAACGUCGGGCAUCCUUCUUUCUAGUUGAGUCGCACAAUGCUGGCUACACUGGAGACGAUCCGGUUCCAGGCCGUACGGAUCCGGGCGGCACUGACGGCUCGUCGAAGGUAGGGUUAAGCGAAGAGGAGGUUAUCUUUGCUUUCGAUCUUUUUAGUGAUGCACAGGAAUUUGUAUGCAGUGUACAAUGGGUGUAGUGCAUAGGAAGGUAGUAAUAGGAGCAGGAGAAUCGUGGAGGUUUGAUGUCCAUCUAACAUGCUAAUCUCCUGUAGGCAUACUCAUAAUUGCGAUCUAAGUCGAGCAUUGAGUUCCAUUCUUGGAGCCCCCUCAGACAAGGCCUCAGUCCCUAGAGCCGGCAGGUCGCACUUGUAGUCGCACCUUCAUUGGGCCCUUGGGAAUAACAGCUCGGGAAGUCACGACCUCCGAGCGUACGAACCCCAUACACAACAUACGCAGUUUUUACUUCUCCAAAUCAACUCCAACAAAACAAACUCCCCUGUAGCUCAAUGGCCUGCAGUCAUCGAGAUACCAUUCUUCUGAGCGUCAUUAUAGUGAACGAUAAGCAAUCGGUAUGUCUCAUAUCUUGCUUCACGGUCGGUUACAGAACUUGUGCAUAGGCAUUGACAGCAAGCUCUAGUAACCAAACCUCUGUCGCUAUGAACUGAUUCCCUCAUAAACAUCCGAUAUGCCUUUACACCAGUGUUACCGCGCUCGUACGAUCAGCGUCCUCGUUUUCGAACUCUUUCUUUUGAUCCUCCGCCACAACGGUGGCAUUCGGAACUCAAUUCGUGGCCGCACAUUCCACUGUUCUCUCUUUUCGCAUCUCGCGUCUCGAGUCAUACUGUUGGGAUACACCAUAGUGUGAUGUUGGCCUGCACAAGCCCUGUCAGAGCACACAGCGCGGUUUGCUAUUACGCACAAUGUGCACAAGAAAAAUGGCUGAAGGCAACGGUACCGUGCAAUUGAUCAUCUAUGAAAGCAAAUAAAGCAAGUUACAGAAAUGAAGGUUUGACCACCGCCCCAGUCUUCGAUCUCUCCUCACCAAACUGGCCGUCACUCCUUCCCUUCGUAUACUCCAUAUCAGGCCAUCGCGGUUCCUCCUCUACGCUAUGCAUUGCAGUAUAGUGCCCAAUGCAUAGCGAAUGGAUAGGAAAUUACUUUCCAUUAGCUGUGGGUUUGUGUUAGCAAUAUGCCCAAUCGGAGAAACACUGAUUCUGCAGCAUGAACAAGCGUUCGCUGCAGCGAUACCAUGACACGGCGCAAGACAUUCAACCACAUAUUAUGUGAGUCAUUAUCCAAGACACCGCUGGACACGCAAGAGAAAACAGGAAGGAAUCUUCCACUCACUGGGGUCCCUGGGCCAGGGGCUGGGAGUGGGAGGAGGAGGCGGAGGGUUUCUUCCAAAGUUGGCACGAACAACGUUUUCGGUAGAGAACGCCAUGGUUGCUUUGAUGUUGUUUGUUGGAGAAAACUGAAGGGGCUUUGACUUUGAGUUAAAGAGAACUUUCUGGAUUGAAUGCAGAAGCUAUGCUUGUUUACACUCGUGUGUGAAUUGUCUUGAUGUGCUGAGAAGAAGAGAAGCAAUCCACGGGGUCAGUGCAGCCUCUUAUACUUGACUUGUGUUGGACAAACACAUUGCUUCCAUCAUUAGUUUUUUAGAAGAAGUUCAAGAAUAAGACCAUCCUGGCGAAGUAUCAAAGAGGACCUCGGGGCGCUACAAGCUGUACAACCCCCGAAAUGAGGCAAUUCAUUGUCGCUCAAGGUCAUUUCUCUGCGCCAUAUUGUCGUCAGCUUUCCACUUCGACUACACUCGCCGUAUGCAAGUUACCGCUUGCUUAACCUUCGAGACAAGAAGACAGGAGAAGGCCGUACCGCAAGUCGACGUUCCGUUGCCUAUUGUGGAAACAGCUGUUGUUGGACAAGACACGGUUCGGGAGUCAGAGAUAUCCGAAUAUGGGUCCUGUGUAUGUAUUGAUGCAAACUGUAGGACAGCGAGGCCAGUUCGAGAGCAGUGAAACAGUUUCGAUGUCCAGUUAUAGACUUGUACCCUGUUCAAGUUGACAGAAUCUCGUGUUCAAGAGUCACCAUCAAGGCAUCGCCGAGCUGGCCCUCACUGGAACAGCUUGAUCUCAACCCUAAGCUUGGCGAUGUCCUCAGACUAAUGUCAUUCCGCAGGCAUAUUUGGACUCUGUCCAACCAUAUGUCGAGCUCUCUUGCUUCGUCAAUUGAUUGACGUUGCGCAAACCAUGUAACGCUCGCCGCACAAAGAGAUGGGCUCUGUGUACAGGGGUUUGGCCAUAACCUCUCCCUUGCUUUGAGAAGAAGAGGUGGGUGCAAGGAUAACGUGGAGGUUGUACAUAUUGGGUCUGUGAAGACAGGAUUGAGUAUUUUGUUAAAAAUGAUUGGUCCCAUGGGGCUGGAUCCAACGCAUUUACCACGCUUGCAACCGUUUGGACACGGCGACGGAUAGCUACAGUGAUGUUCCAAAUGAUUUACGUCCAGGCUCGCAAGUAAUGCGUAUCUUGUGCCAGUCGGAGAGCUGGUUUGAGGUAUGUACUCCUCAAAUGUACCAUGCCGGUUUAAGAUAACCUUGGGUGGGUAGGUAGAGUUAAGAGACACAGCAUCAUGUAACAUAUGCUAAAAGUAGAGAGGCGCUGGAGACACAAAAAUGUGGUGAUGCGGGAUCAACAAGUGCCUGGUGUUGAUCCCUUUAAGGCGCAGGAUCUUCGACACACAAUACACGAAGGUCCUAUACCAGUCUCGUUCGAGAUUAUGCAUUUGCAGUGUGGCGGCAAGAGUUCAGUUGGUAGAUAGAUUAGCAAGCAAUUGACGUAUCGGAGCUUCUGCCG